UUGCUUAUAGACCGGAAGCCACUGCCUUAGUUCUCUUUCCCGUCUUACAAGAUGGCGGGUGAAAAGGCGGAGAAGCCUGAUACGAAGGAGAAGAAACCUGCGGCUAAGAAGGCUGGUGGUGAUGCCGCCCCCCGUUCCCGGGCCGCUGGUGCAGCCAAAAAGCGUAGCGCUAAGGCUAAAAAACCCAAGAAGGCCAAGCCCCAUUGCAGCCGAAAUCCUGUCCUGGUUAGAGGAAUUGGCAGGUACUCCCGAUCUGCUAUGUAUUCCAGAAAGGCCUUGUACAAGAGGAAGUACUCAGCUGCCACCACCAAGGUUGAAAAGAAGAAGAAAAAGGAGAAGGUCCUUGCUACUGUCACAAAAACAGUCGGUGGGGACAAGAACGGUGGCACCCGGGUGGUGAAGCUUCGAAAAAUGCCCAGGUAUUACCCUACGGAAGACGUGCCCCGGAAGCUGCUGAGCCAUGGCAAAAAGCCCUUCAGCCAGCACGUGAGGAGGCUGCGCUCCAGCAUCACUCCUGGGACCGUCCUGAUCAUCCUCACUGGGCGCCACAGGGGCAAGAGAGUGGUUUUCCUGAAGCAGCUGGGAAGUGGCUUGCUGCUUGUGACUGGACCACUUGCCAUCAACAGAGUCCCUCUGCGCCGAACACACCAGAAGUUUGUCAUUGCCACCUCUACAAAAGUUGAUAUUAGUGAGGUUAAAAUCCCCAAACACCUGACUGAUGCUUACUUCAAGAAGAAGCAGCUGCGCAAGCCCAGGCAUCAGGAGGGUGAGAUCUUCGACACAGAGAAGGAGAAAUACGAGAUUACAGAGCAGCGAAAGGCUGAUCAGAAAACUGUGGACUCGCAGAUUUUGCCAAAGAUUAAAGCUGUUCCUCAGCUCCAGGGCUACCUGCGAUCUCAGUUCUCCCUGACAAACGGGAUGUAUCCUCACAAACUGGUGUUCUAAAUUGCUUACAACCUAAUUAAACAGCUUCCUGUGUUUUU